UUAAUAACAAAACAGAUUUGGAGGGCCGAAUAGAAUUAUCUGGAGGGCCGGAUCCGGCCCCCGGGCCCUGACUUUGACACAUGUGGUCUAGGAAUUUUCCUGAUUUACUGCGUUUUCAAAUGUAAGGAAGUUCUUCAACGUCAGAGAUCCAUGUUGGUGCCGAUUAAGGGGUGGGGUUACCUGAGGAAGGAGAUACAGGUGUUCUAAAUGAACAUGUCUGCGCUUUGGGGAGUUUCUGAACAGGGUGAUCAGUUUGUUUUGGUCUCAGUCCCUCCAGAAUGAGUAGCUUUGUUGAGAUCCCACCAAUGACUGAGUUCAACCCAUUCCCGCCCUUUUCCUGGAACAGCAGCGUUCCUCAGUCAUCACAGCUUCGCUGCAGCUUCAGUCAGCCGCUCUCAUUUUGAGCAGCCUGUCUCCACAGAAACUUAGCUGUCAUGAACGGUGGAGAAGAACCCAAAUGCAGGAGACCAGACUUAAACUUUUAAUAAACUUAAACAUAACAAAACCACGGAGAACAGAGAUGCUGGCAGAACAGAGGACCUGAAACCAGACUCUUAGGCUGGGAGCCGUGAACUGAACUUCAGACAGCUGUGGAUCCUGACGAAGCUGAACCUGGUAGAACUGACAGCGGAGACCAUGACAAACACUAAAAUCAGAACUAAACCACAGAAUCCUGACAUCCAGGGGAGCAGCGGUCUUCUGAGCUGUGUGCUGUCUGCAGUGUCUCUGUCCACAGUCCAGGCUGACGUGGAGAUGGAGGCGGUCAUCCCCAGGCUGCUGUCCAGGCAGCACCGCGGUGCAGAGGAGCGCCUGUUAGUCUUUCUGCCGGUGUCCGGUCGUGGGCUGUACUUGGAUCUGAGCCGGGACCGGCACCGUCUGUCGGAGAAGCUGCCGGUAGAAGAACUGCUCAGGAACCGCAGCACGGUAGUCAGCAGCUUCUCCACCGAGCGGCUACGCUUCUACACCGGCUUCAUCCUCAACCAUCCCGGCUCUCUGGCUGCCCUCAGCACAUCCGGCGGUUUGAUGGGGCUCCUCCAGGUGGGGGGGCACAGCAUGUUCAUUGAACCUGUGGAUAAACGUCCAACAUCGUUCUCUUUUUCCGGAUUCAAACACCGAUUGUGGCACAGGAGGCAUGCAGCUGGAGCCCAGCAUCCCCCUCACCGCUCCUAUGUGGACGAUCACAGGAACAGAUCAAAAGUUGGUCAAGAAGCACGCAAAAGGAGGAGGAGCUUCCAGCUCUCACAGCAUCCCUUCACUGUGGAGACGGUGGUGGUGGCCGACGUGGACGUGGUGCAGCACCACGGAGCUGAUGCAGCGCAGAGGUUUCUGCUGACAGUCAUGAAUAUGGUACACGCCUUGUUCCAUCACAGCAGUCUGGGAGUUUCACUCAACAUUAAAGUCACCAAACUGGUUCUGCUUCACACUCGUCCGGAAAAUUUGGAGGUGAGCCAUCAUGGAGAAAGGUCUUUGCGGAGCUUCUGUCACUGGCAGGAUUUGGAGUUUGGAGGAGAUCGCAAACUCGGUACCAAGCACAUCCCUGGAAUGACGCCUGGCCGUCCAACAGUGGACUCUGCUGUUUUUGUCACCAGGACGGAUUUCUGUGUCCACAAAGAUGAACCGUGUGAUACUGUUGGUAUUGCUUAUCUUGGGGGGGCCUGCAGUCCCAGAAGAAAGUGUGUUUUAGUUGAGGAUAAUGGUCUUAACCUGGCCCUCACCAUCGCUCAUGAGCUGGGACACAAUCUGGGAAUGAGCCACGAUGAAGAUCACACCAACUGCAGCAGCCAGUCCCACAUCAUGUCAGGAGAAUGGGUGAAGGGCAGAAGACCCAGUGACUUGUCCUGGUCCUCCUGCAGCCGGACUGACCUGGAGGUCUUUCUCAGAUCCAAAGCCAGCAACUGUCUGCUGCAAACAGACCCCCGGAUCCGGUCCCAAGUCCGUCUGGGGUCCAAACUGCCCGGAAUGAACCACAGUGUAAAUGAACAAUGCCAAAUCCUCUUUGGAAUCAACGCAACGUUCUGCAAAGAGAUGGAGGACCUUAUGUGUGCAGGUCUCUGGUGUUUGACAGAGGGGGAGGAGUUCUGUAAGACCAAACUGGACGCUCCUCUUGAAGGAACCGAGUGUGGAACGGACAAGUGGUGUCGAGCUGGAGAGUGUGUCAGUAAGAGUUACCUGCCCCAGCAUGUGGAUGGAGACUGGAGCCUGUGGAGUCCGUGGAGCGUCUGCAGCCGGACCUGCGGGACUGCAGUCCGGUUCCGGCAGAGGAAGUGUGAUAACCCUCCGCCCGGUCCAGACGGUCGGCCCUGCCCAAAUGCCAGUGUGGAGCAUGGCGUGUGUGAAGGCCCCCCCUGCCCCCGAGGAACGCCGAGCUUCAGAGAUCUGCAGUGUCAGACGCUCGAUCGGAGGAGCAGAGCGAGCGGCGACAUGCUGAUGGCUGUUAUCGAUGACGAGAAGCCCUGUGUGCUGCUCUGCAGCUCCAUGGGUCGAGGCCCCCCAGUCCUGCUGGCUGACAGGGUGAUGGAUGGGACUCUGUGUGGACCGUUCGAGUCGGACCUGUGCGUUAACGGCAGGUGUCAGAAAAUGGGGUGUGACGGCAUCAUUGGCUCCUCGGCCCAGGAAGACUCGUGUGGAAUUUGUGAUGGACAGGGUCGUUCCUGUGAGGUCAUCAGGGGAGACUUCAACCACACCAAGGGAAUUGGUUAUGUGGAGGCGGCCGUCAUUCCUGCAGGAGCGUGGAGGAUCAGAGUGGCAGAAGACAAACCCUCACACAGCUUUCUGGCUGUGAAGGACUCAAGACAGAACUCCAUCAACAGCAAUUGGAAGAUUGAACUUCCCGGAGAUUUUGAGUUGGCUGGGACUGUAGUGCGUUACGUUAGGAGAGGACAUUGGGAGAAGAUGUCUAUCAAAGGACCAACCAAGACCCCUCUACAUCUGAUGAUGCUCCUGUUCCGUGACCAAAGCUCUGCUCUGCAUUAUGAGUACACCAUGUCACUGAACACCACCCAGAAUCACAGCAGAGAACAGCAGGUGGAACCAGAACCUCUGUUCAUCUGGACCCACAGCACCUGGCAGGACUGCAGUGUUCAGUGUGGAGGGGGGGAGAAACAGACACUAGUUUCCUGUUUGAGAAUAGUAAACGGCAGCAUGGAGAUCGUCAACGACAGCUUCUGUCAGCCUGAAAACAGACCACUGCCCAAAACUCAGCCCUGCAACUCUCAGCACUGCAACUACAAGUGGACUGCCGGCCAGUGGGGGGCGUGCUCUUCCAGGUGUGGUCCAGGUGUUCAGCAGAGGGCAGUUUCUUGUGUUGAGGAACUUCAGAACGGCUCAUUGAUCCACAGCCGGAAGGGUUCCUGCUCUGGAGAAAAGCCCUCUGCCCUGCAGGACUGUGAGGGGACGCUCUGCAGACGGAUGUGGGAGACUUCUGAUUGGUCGAAGUGUUCCUCAGCCUGUGGUCCUGGUGUUCGGAGGAGGAAGGUGCAGUGCACAAACCCCCAUGGUCCAUGUGAGCCACAGUCCAAACCAACGGAGGAGGAGCCCUGCAGCGAUGACUCAGAGUGCUACCAGUGGAAGUUUGGAGACUGGUCCAAGUGCUCUUUGUCCUGUGGGAGGGGCCUACAAUCACGAGUGGUGCAGUGCAUGCACAUAGUGACGGGUCAUCAUGGGGACAGCUGUCCAGUGGUGCUGAGACCACCAACCUACCGGAAGUGCUACCACCACGCCUGUGCUGAGGAAAUGACCUCAGUUCCUCUCCGAAAGCCGGGUUAAGAAGUUUCUGGGAGGAACCUCUGCAAAAAUUCAUGACACAGAAACCCAGGAGCUCCUCCAACAUGGACUGAAACCAUCUCUGUGAAGCUGCAUCAAUAAACUACUUUGAUGAUAAAGAUGCUGGUUCUUCUCUAACUGGAGCUCGGUCGGAGGUUGAUCCUCCAAACAGAAAACUGUUGAUGGUCAUAUUGAUAUGAGCCUGAGGCCUUUUCUGUUUGAGCUAAAAUGUUGUAGCUCAGUACCAUUAGUUAAAAAAAACGUUAUUUUUCUUUAUGCAGAGGAGCAUAACGAGGAGAAAAGAGCCACAUGUGGGUCUAGACCCGCAGGUUGCAGAGCCCUGUCCUAGUCCUUCCUAUUCUCCUUCAUGAGCGAGUUGUUAUCGACUGCAGCUUCAGGUGAUGUCACCUCGAACACUCUUCACCAGGUUCAGCUUCACAGACCAGCGGAGUCCGACAUUCUUCUCCACGACCAGCAGUCGUAUCUUCUGGUUUUAGUGUUUGAAUGAUCGAUGCAGUUCGUCUGAGAACGUCACCUUUGUUCACUCCUUCUGGAUUUGUGUCUCCCUCGGCCCAGUUUGAUGCAUGUAGCAUCACAUGAUGUAGCACGCUACGCUAGCAUGUUCAUCCUCGACACAUUUCACUCACAGAGAGAUUUCUUCUCUGUUUUCUGGCUGCUCACCUCUGUGUUGACUAAAGGAGGCUUGAUAGUUGAGCUAUGCAGACUUUACUGAAGUUUCCUGUCAUAGUGCUACACCGAGAAUCUCUCAUCUACUUCCUAACGCUGCUCAGAGCACCGAACAUGUGACCACUCACCUGGCAUGCUGGGUAAUGCAGCUCCAUAUAAACUCACUUCAAUACACAACAAAUAUGACCUCAGUGUUUGCAAAUAUCCACAAGGAAGUUUCUAAUCUAUUUGACUGAAAACAUGACAACCAAGAACACAACUGAACACAAACCAAAGUGAAGAACAUCCUCCAAACACAGAGGCUGUUGUCUACGUUUACAUUCAAGUUCAUGUAUAAAAACAGCUGUAUAAAUAAAGAU